CCUAUUAACAAUUUCUAUUAAAAACUCUCAACCUUCUUUUUUCUAUUCUUCUCAAAAAUCACAACCUCUCCAAUUAUAUUUAUCUCUCAAAUUUCCUUUCUACUCAACAUUUUAUUUCAGCAAGAUUUUUGUUUUCACUUUCAUACAAUUUCGCAGGAAGAAUAAUUUAAAUAUGUAAAAAUUGCGAAAAAUCGUUGAACAUACAACACUUUUACUCUGUAUAAACACUUGAAAUCGUACACGAUUGAAUUUGUAUAUAAGAAUUUUAGAUUUUAAGACAAUGAAUAAAUGACUUUAAAUCAAAUAAACAACAACAAAAAACAACAUGAACAAUGUGUACAUAGCGAAGCUGCAAAUAAAACCACAAAAAUGAAAAUGAUAAAAGCCAUUGUUGUAAAUAAAUAAAUACUGUAUUUAAAAUACAUAAAAGAGAACAAAAAUAUUUUAGAGCCUCAAUAUUUCACUGUAAAAAGCAAAAAAAAAAAAUCACACAAACCAACAAUUCUGCAUAUUAUUUGUAAAAAUGUUAUGCACCAAUCUUAAGGACCACUAUUUUUUUGGGAUUUCAUAAACAACAUAUUAAAACGUCGAAAGCGAUCGGCCCAUGACUUCGAUGACGGAGAAAAGAAAUCCAAAGGUGUCAAAGUGUACGAAUACUAUGAAUCAAAAAGAACAAAAUCAAAGAAGAAACCCAACCAUCGCGAUAUGACAACAACAGUUUAUACCUCAUCAAAAACGGUGACUGCAAAUGAUAAAGAUCCAAAACAUCGUGAACGACUUGCAACGUAUCGCAAACCGCGACCGCACGACUUUGAAGCAUCUGACAUACCUGAAGCGUCUGAAGCGGAUGAUUUGGCAAAUGAUCAAUACUUCUAUGAUCAGCUGGAAAAGAAUAAACCACCAACCGAAAUCAAUGCUGAUAUAGAGCAUGUUUAUGAAAAACGGCCCAAUCCAAAUCGUGAUGUGGUUUUCUAUCACGGUACAAAUGGUGGUCGAAGAGGAAAACCUCGUCAAAAACAGGCAAACAUUCAAAUCGCAAACGUUGAGAGCACUCGAGAUGGAGACAUAUUUAAUGAUUAUGGUGAAAUGGUGAUGCCAGACAGAGAUGUAGAAAUGCACGAUACAUCUGAAAAGAACACAAAAGAGUCACAUGUACAUGGUCCAGCUCAAUAUUCUUAUGAUGCUAAAAUGCGACCGAAAAAACGGCGACGACCCAGCUGCAAUAAUUCGAAUCCUAUAAUGCACUCGUAUGGCACCAAUUCACAUGGUCUUCCAUAUAAUCAUAAGCUACUGCCAAACGAUGGGGCCGUUCAGCAGCAAAAUUUGCAAAAUCAAAAUCUGAAGCAUCAUAAGACGGUCGUUGUGCAUCAACCAGUUCGCAAGCGGAAGUUUGAACGGAUUAUGGUCACGAAGAAACUGAGCAGCCCCGAUGAACUGCAUGCCGAAAUCGACAAAAUAUUCGAAACGAAGAAUAAACACUAUGACAAACGCGGACACGACAAAUCGCAUUGGGAGUUACGCAUCGUACCGCACCAUUAUGACGAACACGCAGAAGAACAAACCAAUUGA